AUGGCCUCCUCUUCCCGGUUCCAUUUCCCGGUCCAUGCCGUUUCUAAUGAUCGUGUUAAACUUACCCCUCUCGAUCUCGAUCGUCACCUAGACACCUUCUUUCGCCUUUCUGUGUCGCAUCCAGAGCUAUAUGCACAUAUGCCCACUGGACCGUUUAAGUCUUUGGCCGAACUUAAGGCAGAGUUUCUGGACCGAUCGACCAGCCACAUCUUAUCAUUUUCCAAUCCUGAGUCCUUUGCGUUUGCGGUCAUUGAUAAAACACGCCCCGCGUCACCAGAGGACCCUGAAGGUGAACUCGCUGGUACCGUGUCUUUUAUUCGGACGUCGCCUGUUCACCUCUGUACCGAGAUUGGAUUCAUCGUUAUUCUGCCACCAUACCAGCGCAGCCAUGUUGGAACAAACACUGUCGGUCUUGCAUUAAAUUAUGCUUUUGAGACGCCAGAAAAAGGUGGCUUGGGUCUUCGCCGAAUUCAUUGGCAAGCUAGUACGGCAAACCCUGCCAGUGCUAAAUUAGCAGAGAAGAUGGGGUUUGAAAAAAUAGGAUUGACGCCUUGGCAUAUGCGAUUUAUUGGAGGCAAGGAGAAAGGCAAAAUUGGAAACGGGAAGGAGCCACCAGCUGGGACUGAUUCGAAUGACCUGUGGAGAGACACUUUUUCAUUCACCCUCGCCUGGGAUCAAUGGGGGAGUGGGGGAAAGGAGAACGUCGAGCGGAUCUUGAUGAAAUAA